AUGGAUGGAGGACUUGAGCGUCUAGUUAGAAUACUUAAAACAACAAAAGCUAGCGAUAAACGAAGUGGUUGGAAGUGGUCUAUGGCGUUUCAAUGUGUUGCGAACGUAGGAGUCCGUGGUUCAGAGAAGAUAAGGACGAGAGUUGUUGAGGCAGGCAUGAUACCAGUUAUUAUUACCGUAUUGGACAAUUUUUUAAAAGCUUUGGAUCAUGUUAGGCUGGAGAAAGAACAGCAAGCGGCACAGCAACAACAACAACAGCAGUUGUAUACGGCUCAGUUGUUAUCAUCACAACACGCUGCCUUGCAUGAAGCUUUACUGGAAAACGUUCCUGCUCCCAUACCAAGUAGGAUGUUUACAGGAUAUAACAUUCGUCCCUCAGAAGAUGCGCGAUCAGAUGUCGCCUCAUGGGGCUCGGUGACUGACACAGAAGAAAACAAUCUCCAACCACUUGCUGGAGUAACUAAUACAAAUACCAUUUUGUCUGCCUCAACUAAUAGUACUGCUGAUUCACAGUUUGAUAUCAACGUUUUCUAUCGUGAAGAAGAUAUACUCCUCUCUCUGCAACUGUUAGCUUAUCUCUCCAAAUACCCUCACCUUAGAGAGACAUUUCACAAUGCCUAUCCUCCCCAUAAUGUUUUCUCCUUGGUCGAAAAGUUUACUCAACGCUUCCACCCACCAGAUAUACAAUACUGGGCGGGUGUCAUUAUGAGAAACGCUUGCCGGAAAGAUGACAAUCGGGGUGGAAUUCGCCAGUGUGCUUACAUGGCAUGCGAUGUCGCAAGGCUAAAUAUUGUUCAAAACCAUGUCAGUCGAAAGCAUGGAACGAAGGUCAUCGAUGGUGGUGUAUGGAAAGACAUGGACAUACAGCCGCAGCCGCAGCCGCAGCAACCGUCUAUCGCCGUGAGUCCUAAUAUGCCUAGAACACGUCCAAACGUGCAAUUUAGUGAGAAUCUCCUUGAAAGGCUUAUAACUCGGGAUAAUACAACUGCUGCCGCGAUGUCAUCGGAAUCGACGCCAUCUGCGACAACGAUGCAAGAUGUAAAUGCGUCUACUACUCGGAACGGUGUCUCUGAUUCUAAUUCGUUUUUUGCCGUGUGA